UUUCUGAUGCUUCACAGAACCCCAUUGGGUGAGCCUCCUGUUGGUUUCUUCAAAUUUGGUACCAAUCCUGGGGACCAAAACCACAGCCUGAAAGGCUGGAGCCAGUCCAGGGGCUUAAAGCCACAGCCCCAGCUAGAGAGGCCAGAAGCAGCCAAGGGCCUAAGGCCACAGACACAGGCGGGGAGCCCAGCACUGGCCCUGGGACUUAAAGCCACAGCCGGAGAGGCUGACAUCAGCCCUGGGACUCAAAGCCCCAAACACAGAUGCUGGCACAGGCCCUGGGUUUCGUUUUCUAUGGGUUCCCCUGGGACUCCAUUGGCCACUCUGAUGCCAUACUGGUCUUGACAGGUCUUUAUUGGGCUGCACAAGAGUCAUCUUCACUUCUCCAUUAUUCAAAUAACCCCAUUGGGUGACCCUGGUGGUGGUUUCCUAAGAUGUGGAUCUGGGAGUCGCCCAUUUCCUUCGCUUAUGAUGAAAGCACGGAAGCGAUGCGGGCACUCGCUGAGGUCACAAUCACUGCUGGGGUGGCAGCGUUUCCGCCACAGCUGGUGAGCAGAGCUGGUGCUCUGGUGAGCGUGCUGCACACCGAGGCUGAGCUCUGGGCCUUCCGUGGAACAGAUCACCCUGUGAGAGCCCGUCAGAAGCACCGCGUGUGCACUCGUCGGUACUCUCUGCAGGGUUCCUGUCCCAAGGGAGAUUUUGGGAUCGAGGCAGUCGGAGGAAGAGGGAAGCCAGCUCUUUGCAAGGGCCGGGGAAGUUCCUGUGCACAGAGGCCUGGGAACUUCAUCAUCCUCUGAGUCUUCAGCGGCCAUGUCUCAGCACGGAGACGACCGCGGUUCCAAUUGCUGCCGUCUGAGUGGCAAGGUAUGGCUGGGCUUCUUCUGCUUGGUUCUUCCUUUCUCUUGCUCUCAAGGGGAAGGGACGGAGCAGGGGGAGCCCUGCUGGUCCUUGGUGACCUCAGUAACCGGUUGCAUUCAGCGCUCACUGCUGACAGCCUGGGCUAACAACGUGGACGUGGCUCAGGCCGUCUUUUCCCUUAGUGAUAAUCAGUGUCUCAGCACUCUGAUAUCCCCUCUCUGGCACGAUCUGGAACCUCUCUGCAAGCCUUGGCUGCCCGUUCCCACCACCGUUUCUUCCUUUCUCUCUUCAGAAGCGGCGCGGCGCGGUUCCCCGCGGUUGGGAGCAGCAGCCAGCAGGCUGCCAGAGAUCCGACCGCGCCUUCCUGCGCACUGAGGGACGCAACAGGGACGGACGGUCCUUCAUGCCAUACAGAAGGACGGAGCCUGCGCGUCCAUGGAAUGGUGCUGGGCAAGGCUGGAAACGCAAAGCCUCCGCAGAAGCUGAUGCGAGCGGCCUUCCAUCAAAGCGCAGCCUUGCAGAAAGGCAAGGCAGAAGCGCCCAGUGUGGCACAGCACCCAAGAGAGAGAUUGGUGCUGAGCCAAAUGGCAAAAUCUAUGUGAAAGUGGGGCAGCAGAUCCAUACUGAGAGAGCUUCUCAACCAGCAGCAGCUCAAGCUCCUCUGCAGGCUGCAGGUCUUCCUAGAAGAGCAGGUCCCAGCACAGGGGGAAGACCUUCCCCAGCCGUGUGCCCCCGCUCUAUCUCCAACACCCUGGCUGGAUGUAAACGCAAGGCCUUGGAGGAAGGGAAACCAACAGCAGCUCAGCAGCCUUCCAAUAAGAGAGUGAGGGGGCCGAGUGGAGACGGCGUGCCGGCUCCAGCAGCACACCCUGGGCCUGCUGCAGCGCGGAGCUCCAAGCAAAGAGCAAGAAGACAGCGACAGAAAGAGAGGAGAGUGGAGCUGAAGAAGGCUGCCCUCAGAGCUGCCGCUGCACGUGCAGAGGUGAGUCCUUGGUGAACACAGACACGGCUCUUGUUGUUCUCAGGGCCUCCAUCUGUCACACAUG